CAUGCACUGUGAAAGGAUGACGGUGGAUGAUUGUUUUUUUAAUUAUUUUCGUGUCGGAGAACAAGGAGCAGGAUUGCGGGCUUUUUAUUGGCGCCCCGUGAGCUGUAUUCGCCACGUUUUCGGGGGGUUUUUCUUUUCGUUAUUGUAAUAUUGGAGGAGGCGUGUGUGAUUCACUCACCAUGCUCCGAGCGCUUGUUUAGGUUGUAUAUAGGUGCAGGGAACAUUACCUGGUGCAGCCUUCACAUAUUGUUUCAAAUAUUGUUUCACGUAUUUCAUUUUAGAGAUCGUUCGUAGUUUAUACUGCAAUUUGGUAUUGAUUCAUCGAUCAACUUGCAGAAUUUUGCAUUUUCAAUGGCUUGAUAAGCACUGUUCUAUGUGCAUUUGAGAAUCAGCUUAACUCUAUGAUGCUCAAAUUUCAUCAAAAGUUGCUUCGAAGAGGGAUUUCCGUGGAUUACUUAAUUCAAGAGCAAAAUUCUUUAAAACCGGAGUGUUCACAGGAGUCUCACUAAUCAUGGAUUGCCAUACAAUUACUUUACUAAAAAUGAACAGAGUUUCGAUGUGGACACAACCCUCAGUACAGCAUAUUUGACAAACUUUAAAAUCAAAAUUUAAAAUCAAGUCUAAAUCACAGUGAUACGAUUCCUGCAAGAAAGGUCUAACGUCUCAGAUUUUAAUUUCAUACGAAGCAUUGAAACUUGUAUGCCUUGUGGCUCUCAUGCCAAAGCGAUAGAAGAUUAUUAUUCAGGUAGUCGCACGAUUCUUUAAUCUUCACAAUGGCUUAGGUGAGAAGUCCUUAAGGUCCAUUACAGGAUUAUAGAAUAUCGCCGAUCUCCGGAUUCUGUGCUUCCAAGGUUCCGAGGGGAAAUUUCUUGAAAGUUGUGAUAAACCAACAUGGGCGUCUGCAAUAGGUGGAAGUCUGCACGCACCUCUUUCCACAGCUCAGGGGACAUAGAAUCGCCUAUUAUAAGCCAAUACAAUUCUCUUUCGGGAAUACAUUUCGUCUGUCUCUUCCUGUUUUCAGUAAAUUCCUUGUUAUCAUCUGCCCGUGGAAAACUUGGGAAGACAAGGCUACAAAACUCCCACUUCUCUGGAGUGCCAAACGUGGAUGGCCCAAAAUUCUCUUCUUCUAUGCGUGAACUUAGGAUAACUCCCACUCAGAACAUGCAACGCUUGUGAUACAAUUAUUCCAGCUUCAGAAACAGGAGACUAUCAAAGCACAACUAGGGGAAGUAAGUAGUGGAGGAGAGGCCCACAUUCUGGUGUAGAUUUUGCUCGGGAAAGAUUGAUCACCAUUUCCAAUUGUGCGUUAGACUGUCUCGAUUCGUACAGAGCAGACCGAGUGCACGAGCAAAUAUUGAGGUAGGAAAUGGCGACCCGCACCAUGCAGCAGACCGAACCAUUGUGGCCUGCUUUCAUGUCGAGUUGGGUUGCCCCGAAUCAGUGUUAUGUUGGGGAUAAGACAUGGAACAAGAGGCUCCCGAGCGUGAUGGACAAUGAUUCGUGGGAAGUGCGUGCGUUUGCGGAAGAUACCAGCUGCAUCAGCGGGGCCCAAUGGCCUCCGAGAUUCUACUCCUGCAGUUUUUGUCACAGAGAAUUUCGCACUGCCCAAGCUCUGGGUGGGCACAUGAAUGUGCACCGGAGAGAGCGCCAGCAUGCCAACCAGCUAGCGCAACUUCGAAUUGCCUCCUCCGUUGCGUCCCUGUCUCAUAUCCCUCGCUCUAAGAUAGACAUCUCCGAUCCUUCAGUUGAGAGUACAGAAUUUUCCUGGCUUCAAUCUGUGUCUAAGUCUCCUCGCAGUUUGUCGCCAAUGCAGCCCUGUGCUCCCACUAUCACCCGCAAUCUCUUUUCUCAGAAUUCGUUGAGCUCCUCGCACCUGGACUUGUCUAUGUCAGGCUCGACUUUUAAUUCCUCCUCCACUCUCUCCACUUCCCCUCCUUCCCAGGAAUCAAUAUCCUCCAACUCCACUGAGACGGCGCACGAAAUCGGCACAAAACCUCUACUCCAAAGCAUCCCCGACAUUGUCUGUGAAACUUUGACGCAACAAAACUUCUGGACGAUGUCGUCGCGCGGAUCUAACGCAUACCAUCCGUAUGAGAGAUCUCGGUGCCGGAGCAAAGUACUCGGCGACAAGGAGGACAUGUUAGACCUUGAGCUCCGUCUUGGCCAAAGCUCAUGCGCUGUUUGACAAGCCCAGCAACGGCGGUUUCAGUUCCACAGUGAUUGGAGCAUUGCCCCUGCUUUUCAUUUUGCCCUGAAUAAAACUUGUCAUCACAGUUUUGCGGUCUUUCAAUUUUGAUCACUAGAGUUAGUGCACGUGAUGAUUUUGCCCCUUGAGAUAGGAAGGAAGAGAACGGAUGCAAGAGGCUUGGGCUGAACUUUGUACCAGAUUCUCAAUCCUCGUAGCCUGUUCCGCCUCCCCUGAGCCAUGACCAAGAGUAUGCAAGCAAUUCGUGGGUGGUGGGAGUGACCCGCCUGGUCAUAAUAAUAAUAAACAAAAACUUCUACGCUACUUCGAAUCAACGGCGCAUGGGAGAAGACGCUGGUGACAUGCACUUGUGCAUCGCUGGCUCAAUGAAAUAGGAGGGCAUAUGUUACACAAGUUAGGCAUACAGUGUGUACGCACCUCUUAUGAUUCCUCAUAAUAAGUUGAGAUAAGUGGUACUCUCAUCAUUCUACUCUUC